AUGGAUUCAGAAGAGAUCCGCAAGUACAUUUCAAAGGCCAGAGAAGAAAAAGAUGCAGGAGCGCUACAAAUGGCUUAUAACUUCUUGACGAAAACCGGAAACCGUGAAGAGUGCGUUUCCCCGGACAUUUAUGUGUUGUGUGCUGAAGCAGCUCUACAACUUGGACGUGCGCAGAUAAGCAAACCGUGUCUAAAGAGCUACUUUGAAGGGAAUCCGCCAGCGAAUCAAUUUCUGUGUCGAGCCUACCUCUGCCAAGGCCAGCUUGAGUGUCCCCCGGCCACUGGGAGCGUGGAGGAAGUUGAGAAAGCUGUGGACUACUUUCUCAAAGCGAUUGAAGUUGCAAAGAAUGAACCAAGGUACCAUUGUCUGGUCUUUAACGCCUCGGUGCUGUAUCUCCACGUGGUGCGCCCUCUGCUGGUGGAGGGGAGGAGCUAUGCCCUAAUCCCUUCUCUGAGGCAGGUGGUCCAAAGUCUGGAAGAGGUGAACGACCAGGACUACAGCUGGAGGGCUCAGCUCAUGAUGCAACUCAUCAAAUGUUAUGUCGAUGAUGGAAAAGUGGAGGAAGCUACAGCAUUGGCUAAAGUUACAGAAGAUUUUGUCAAGUCCCACACACCUCAUCUUUUUCCUGAACUGUUUAGACUUUUGAUACAACAAAAGCUGUCAGACUGUGAUGUCUUACUUGAGAUGAGCCAGCAGACUACCACUUUAACAGCAAUUUACAAGCUAGACGAAUUUAAGAAUAGGUUGGGGAGAGUGAAUGGAGAUGAACUCAAAGAAGAGGAUGCUGCGAAGCUUCAAGACAUUUUUGAUUUGUUCGUUCCAACUAAAGUGUCAUCUCCCACAGAAUCCAACCCAGAACCGCUGGUACCAGCUGUAAGAGUUGCCUUCCUCCUGGAGUUGGCUCUGCUGGCCUUGCAAACCAAGCAUCAGGAAGUAGCUGCCGACUGUUUGAAAGAGCUAAAGACGGCAGAAGAGGCUAGCACAGGCCAAAGGAUCAUAAUGGAAUGUAUCAGCUGUGAAAUCAGCCUCCUGAAGAAAGAGGCGAAGAUGAAUGAGUACUCCAAAGGCUGCGUGGAGGCUCGACUGAGGGAAAUAGGCCGGCUGGAUCAGUGGCUCCUAAACGCAGAGCGAGCGGGGGAUCCUCAGGCCAUGCAGGCAGUGUGUGCCUCUGUGUGGAGACUCUGCCUGCCUCUGCUGCAGCACAACCUCCGCAGGAGCAUCAGAAGUGCUUUGCUCCGAGUGGCAAAGGCACUGGAAGACAUCCAGAGCCUGCUUCUGGAGAUGCGCUGUCAGGUCCACUCAGAGCUGGCGCUGAUUGAAGAAGAAGAGGGCCGCCUGGAGGCUGCUCUGACUCACCUAAACAAAGCUUUGCAGCUGGAUCUGAAAGGGACGUACCGAGAACCACUGUCAUCUGCUUCUCGCCUCCUCCGGCUCAGAGCUCUGCACAAUACUCCCUCCCGGCCUGAGGAGAAAGCAGCCACACUAAUGCAGCAGGUGAAGGACAUGCCAGAUGACAACACAGACAGUCGUCCUGUCCUGGUCGCUGUGGGUCUUCUUUUGGCUCCUGAAGGUUUCCAAGUGGUUCUGGAUGCAGAUGACCCAUCUAAAGCUGCUAAUGAAGUUGAUGGUUCUGGACCGGUGGCAGAGCUCUGUGCUAAGGCUCAGCAUCAUUCAAGUUCUGUCCAAAUGGUCAACAAACAUCUAGUACGCCAAGAGGACACUGAGCCCGUAGAAAGGCUGAGGCUUUGGGCAGCUCUGGCGAAGACGGCAAGGAAACAGGAAGAAUGGGAUGUGUGUCGAGCAGCGUGCCGGUUCUGUCUGCUUUAUGACGACGGGAGAUGGAAGCUGUCCAAGGCAAACAGUGAGAAGAUGAAGGAUCCUGAGGCAGAGGCUAGUUCUUCAAAAAGAGGAAGCCCAGUUCAAAAUACUGCAGACUGCAACAGAGAAUCGCUACGCCUGUUGGCUGAAAUCCACUUCAUAAAUGCGGAGGCUGUUGUUCAAAAACUUCACACAGAAGGAUUGCAUCUUAAUUCUUGUCCCGUCCCUCCUCUUGUAAAGGAGCAGCGUGUGUCUGACGAUGAUGCUGAUUGGAUUGUUUACAGAGAUUGGAUCAUUUCUCUGUCAGCCUACGCCUCCUUGAGUUUCUUGCGUGCAGCUGAACUCGGGGCAGAGAUCUCGGAGUCGUGGGUUGUUGCAAACGCCGCCAUUUACCUGUGGAAUUACAACAAGCACUUACUCUUACAGAGGCGCUAUCAGCUCCUCCUGCCCACUUUCAGACCUGUGGUGGAGCUAAUGCAGAAGAUACAAUACACAGGGGAUCGUGCUCUGUUUGCAAUGCUGUGUAACACAGUGGCUCGAGGCCUCAUCCAGCCCCUGCCUGCUUCUGUCGCUGUGGAGACGCCAGUGCCAGUGGACAGAGGUAAAGGCAGAGGAGGUGCUGCCAGUGUGAGCGGGCCUGCACUGGACCCUUCCACCCUGCAAGAUGCCCGCAAGGCUCUGGAGCUGUGUGAGUUGGCUCUAAAGUUGUCCAGUGGCAGUGUCCCGGGGGAGCUGGUCCCGAUAGCAGUGAGGAGCCAGGUGGUGUCCACAUGGGUCCAGACCAAGAGACUGUUACAGCAGCAGAUCGGCUUAGCCCUGGACCUGGGGGAUGAGAGUCUUAACGCAGAGAUGCGAGCUAUGACGCGUGUGCUUGUGGGGCUGGAGAUGUUUCAGUGCAAUAGGAGCCCUGGGCAGAUGGACUUCUCCCUCCCUGCUCUCUCCACAUUGUUUGCCGUGGCGUGUGAGUGCAGUUGGCCUGACGCGGUGGUGGAGCUGCAGGUGUGGUCCCAGUUGUCGUUCUUCUGUUACGAGGCUGAAGAUCACAGCCUGGUCCUGAGCUGCUCCCACAGAGCUCUCAGUCUGAGUCUGCCUACAGCAAAGAGGCUCAACAGAGCACCCUAUGUCCUGUACGAUGAUUGUGCAGUGAAUGAGAUGCUGAGCAGAGCGGCCUGUUUAAGAGGUCUGAGUUUGGCCCAUGAAUCAUACGGUGAUGUCAGCAAAUACAGAGAGGCCCUGGAUCUGCUCCUGUCCAGUGUCAGAUAUGCAGAUAAGGCUGGGAGCUGGAGUCUGUGUGCUGCUGCUGCCAGACAUUAUUGGAACACUUGUCUCCCUUUGGCUGGGACCCCCGAGGAGAGAGCACUACUGCGGGACCCCCUAGAGAACACUCUGCUCCACACACACAGCAAACACACAGUGAAUAAAAAGACAUCGGCAUUUUCAACAGGCAAACCAGAAGCAAUGAGUGAUGAUGUUUCUUUGAAGGCUUCCAUUUACCGUUUGCUUCUUCAGAUCCACUUGGACAAAUCUGACUUGAAAAGUGCCAAAAAGCUCCUGGAAAAGGUCCAGAUUGACCUGCCUCGUGGUAAACACAAGCUAUCUUUUCUGAAGUCUUUAAUCUGUGUAAAAGCUCAGCUUGGAGACAGUGUGGUGAUGGAGAUGCAGAGACUGGAGGGAGAAGGAGAGCAGUGCUGUUCAUUAAUGUGGCAUCGGGUGGCGCUUUGUUCUGAGGACUUAACCAAAAAACUGACCUGCUACCAGAGAUCCAUUGACACUCUCACUAGCACAGACUCCCAGUGGCAGAAGGUCAGUCUGCUCCUGGAACUCUCUGAGUGGAUGUUCUUCAACAACUUUCCCAAAACUGAUGCUCUUCAGAUGAUCCAGUGGGCCAUAGACCUACUCCUGGAACCACAACUUGAGAAUACACAACCACCAGUUGAUGAGUCCACAGUCAGUCAGUCCACAUUUCUGAAAAGUGGAUCUCCAGAGCAACCCGUUCAAACUGUGUCUGAUCUCAGAGACGUCAAGAGUCUUGAUGCUUUAAUAAGAGCUCACACUCUCCUCGCUGUGAUGGCUGGAAGGACCUCCCCUGAGCACCAGGCAAACCUGCUCCGAGCCUACUGCUUCGUCAUACAGAUGUGGAAGAUUUUGAUGACAGAAGUUGGUCAUAUUUCCAGUGAGCUGGCGAAGUUCCAGGCCCAGAGUGUGUCUCCGGCCUCAGCGGGAUCCAAGAAAGGCAAAGACAAAGACAAGGGCAAAGUGAAGAAACCAAAAGAGAUCUCCCCUGAUGAGGACAAACUAAAGCCCCUGUUCCCAGAUUUGACCCCUCCUCUGACUCUGAAGGACUGGGUGUGCUUUUGCUGUCCCGACCAGGCCAGGCACGUCUUCAGAAACAGCAGCAGUCCCAGAUGCCCUAACGCAUGCUCCAUCCCCAAACAGCCUCAGAGCCUGUUUUAUUUGGACUUAUUGGAGAAAGAGCUUCAGUCCUUGUCCCUCCCUCACCUGACUCUUCCUGUGUUACACCUGGCUGAGAUAAUCGCUCAUGACCUUUUGGACCAGAAAGCCCUAUCUGAACUUUAUAGACUGAGAAUUGUGAAGACGUGUUAUGAGAUGCGAGUGGAGACACAUUCACCGUAUCAUGAGAAACUCCACACUCUUGUGAGAAUACAUGAGCAAGAACUUAUAGGGGGCAAGAGAGAGAUACUCAUUUCCAAAGAGAGAAAAGGCCUUGAUCAAACUUACAAACAGAAAGCCCUCCUGGGUGAUAUCAGCACACAAAGGAAGGACAUUUGUGCUCAGAGCAUUUGGCUGGGCAAAGCAGAGGUCUGCCUCAGGAUGGGGCUACACGCACAGGCCAGACACUUCCUGGAGGAAACUCAUUCAGUGGCAACAGCGUUUGCAGACCAGAUAAGUGCAGGGCGUAGUCUGCUCCUUCUGGCCUCUUUGGCUUAUGAGCAGCAGAGCUCUGCCCAGGCUUUGAUCCUGUUGGACACAGCCCAAGCCUCUGGAGGAGACCCGGAUUUCUGGUGCCAGCUGAUCCAGACUCGAAUCCAGGCCACAGCGACGCAACAAGACACGCACGUACACGCCAAGAUCGAUGAUAUUAUAAGACAAGGUUGUGAGGCACUCGAGCUCAUAAAGGAGAAGCAGAUGAACAGAAGCAAAGAGGUGGAGUUCUUGAUCACAUCAGUAAAAAUGAGAGGAGCUGUUGAGUGCAUACAUUUGGUUGGUGAUGUUGAACCUGGGCGGACCCUUUGCCCUGAAGAUGCCCUGAGGCUUAAAAGUAACUGUGAUAAACUGGAACAGUGUGCACGAGACUUCACCCUCCUCCAGCACAGAGAGCAGGCAGCAGAGGCACUGGCACACUGCUCCCAUGGACUCAGGUUUUUAGCCCAGCACUCUGCUGAGACAGAGGAGAAACAGCGCCUCCUGCUGGUUGCCCUGUCACAGAUGCAGGCAGCUGUCAGUCAGCUGGAACAUGUGGCCCUGAAUGCUCAGAAUCUGCUCCCUGCACAGGAGGAGAGCCCUGUUGUGUCUCUGGCCGUGCUGAGGUGGCUGCUGAGGCUCCGGCUGGCUCUGUCUGAGCUGUGCAUGCUCAUGUUGGAGGAACACUGCACCGAGCACAGGCACCAGGCUGUGGCCCGAACCCACAAAUCUGCAGCUCUGAUUAUCUUAGAGGACUUCACCCGCUCCACGCCUGAACCUCACACUGUUCAACAGGCCUGGCUGAAUGUGGGCACUACCCUUGGGCAAGUGGCACUGGGCCAGCUGGCUGCAGUUAGCUCUCACUACCUGAACAGCGCAGAGACCAAAGCAUGGAGUCUAUGUCUAAUGGGGAAAUAUCUGAGGCUACAGGCUACAAUAGAAGACCCCAUUUAUGUGUCCGCCCUCUGGGACCCAAAGAAGCAGAACUCGGAGCUAAAGGAGGCCGACCCGCAAGCGACAGGUGUGGAGCAAGAGACUUCAGAGAAAGAACAAGAAUCAAGCUUCACAAAGCCAAGAAUGACCUCUGCCAAAAGCUCAGAUAAGCAGUUAAAUCUUCAGAGAGCACAGCAUCUCUUAGCUGAAGCCAGUAAGUCCCUGUCGGAGGCCUCAAGUUUGUGUCUUCAGAACCAGCUAUCAGCUGCGCUCCUGUCAGAAGUCUGCCUGAACAUGGUGGAGACUCACGGCCUGUCUGACCCCAGUGUCACAGGACAGUACCUGGGUCUUCUACAGAGUUGCCUCUCCAUCAACCUCAUGACCAAGGUCCUGACUGCAGCAUUUAGUGACUCCCAGGACUCCACUCUCUCCUCUCUGCUCCAGCUGAACACAAACCUGCUCCAGUCCCGUGACGAGGGCCCCACCCGCCCCCUGCAGGUGGCUCAGGGCACUGUCUGCCGCUGCUCCAAGGCCUUCACUCAUUUGUUCAUUAACCCCAGUCACCUGAGCCUCCUCUCAGAUUUGCCCCCAAACAUGAAGCUGCUCCUAUUGCAGCACUCGGAGGACAGGAAAGAACUUUAUGGGGCUUUCUAUGAAGUGAAAGCUCAGGGAAAUCAAAAAGGGAAGACAAUUCAAACUAAAGGCUUGACAUGUUCAAAGGUUGCCAAGGUUGCUGUGUGCCCCAGGACUCUGCUGACUCUGCUGGACCAUGCCCAGGCCUUGAGCCAAGAGACCAGACAAGUCCGACUAAAGGAGGCCUCCCACCGGAUAGCGGAGGGCGCAAUGGGCUCUGCUUUGGAGGGAGUCAUUCAGGCCUUGUACAAACUGAAGCAUAAACAGAUUUCUGUCUUGUUCCUUAAACAGAGCUCAGCAGCAGAACAAGCAUUAGCGCUUCUCUUCAGAGAGCUGGUACAACAAAUGGAAGCCUAUCUGACUCCACUUCUUUCACAGUUUGACUUUUCCAGCUUCAGGCCUGUGUCAGCAGCUCCAGAGCAGACCCGGUCCAAAGACAAAGAGGAGAAGACCAGCUCAGCCACAUUCCCAGUGGAGUCAGGGGAGUCUCUGGUGCUUUUGGCCGAUCAGACUCUGCUCCUCCUCCCUCUGGAGGCUCUGUCUGUGCUGCAGGAGGAGGGGCUGACGGCUGUGUCCCGGGAUUUCUCACUCCAACUCCUCCACACACGCCUGCAGCAGUCAGACAAAGUUGAAGGUGACAACAAAAAGGAGACCAAAGGAGCCAAAGCCAAGGGAGAUCAAAGUCAGGCCAUCAAAGCGCGACCAUUUGUCCUGCCCCCAAACACCAUCCCAGUCAACUCCAAGAACAUCAAAUAUGUGGUGGAUCCUUACAAUGAUGGUGUCUUUGACAGUACCAGUUUAUCCGGGAGGAUGAGUGAGAUUCUGGAGGCGCACAGCCAGAUUUCUGCCCAUCUGUGGGAGGGCUACAUGGGCAGCAAAUACAGGCCCAGGCGGGCUGAGAUAGAGCAGCUGCUGUCCAGAUGCAGUACUUUCAUUUUUCUGGGGAUGGAGCACUUCAUGGUGAACGUGACUCCAGCCAGAAUAGCAGCUCUCAAUCUGUCAGAAUGCAGCAUGGCCCUUCUCUUUGACCUGGUCCAGAACAGAAAAAGUAUCGCUCGCCAAUCAGACCUCAACAGGGAAAAGUGCCCAAGACACUCAGCCCUGGAGGUUCCUCUGCACACUGCCCUGCUGCUCAGUCUGAGUGGAGUCGGCUGCAUUGCUCUCAACCAAUGGCACAGCAGCUUUCAACUCAACACCAGAAACAUGGCCACUGUCCUGGAGGGUCUUCUUAAGGAUAAGCAGACCUCGGGACAAGCCAUCCACUCUCUGAGAAAAGCACAAAUCCAAGGCUCCCCCAAAGAAAAGAUAAUUAUAUCAAAUGAUCACGAGUUGAACCAGACGCCUGCCGAUUACACCUGUGUUCUGUACGGACUCCCAAACCUUAUUGUGCUGUGAGGUUUCAUUUCAAGGGAU